UUUGAAGGCAAAAAGUGUGCCUGGGUGAUUUUUUUUUUAAGCGAGAGAGUUUGUGCAAAGAUCCGAGCUGUCAGAGAUUUGAAAAAAAAAAAAAAAAAAAAAAAAAAAAAAAAAAAAAAGGCAGCCCGGGCGCUGGCGGAGACGCGCUCUCCCUGCAAAAAAAGCAAAGGCGAUUAAAGGCGCUGCCAGCCUCGCGCUCUGGGCACAGCUGAGCGUGACACUCGGGGAAGUCAAACCCCUCACUACUGCUUACGAAGAUGGCUAGACUUUAAAGACUAUUUUUUAUCUUUAAGAAAACAUUUCUUGGAGAUUUUAUUUUCUUGCUUGCUUUUUUCUUUUCUUUUUUUUUUUCCUUUCUUUUUGGCCGUGGCUUACUCCCCAUUUAAAACAAAUCAUUGAAUCUGGUUGCAGAAAGAAAAAAAGAAAUAGCCAAGUGUCUCCAUAUCUGGAUGUCUACAAAUUAGAGAGAGGGAGAGACAGCGAGAUCUAUCUGCUCGAUAAUAGCAAGCGAUCCAGGCCAGGCGCCUGGGCUUUUUUUUUCCUGCACUCGCCCGGUGCCUUCGUUGGGGCUUCGCCGGCCUCCUUCCUCCGCGCACCCCCACGGGCCGCUGGCAAAGUGGGGUGGGGAGCGAGGCGCGGGGGGGCGGGGGCCGGAGCGGCGGCCGUGGCGGCGGGGCGGCCGAGCAUGGAAGAACAGCAGCCGGAACCUAAAAGUCAGCGGGACUCGGGCCUCGGCGCGGCGGCGGUGGCGGCGGCCCCGGGCAGCCUCGGCCUGAGCCUUAGCCCCGGCGCGAGCGGCAGCAGCGGCAGCAGCGGCAGCGAUGGAGACAGCGUGCCGGUGUCCCCGCAGCCCGCGCCCCCCUCGCCGCCCGCGGCGCCCUGCCUGCCGCCCCUGGCCCACCACCCGCACCUCCCCCGCCCCCCGCCCCCGCCGCCGCCGCCUCAGCAUCUCGCGGCGCCUGCUCACCAGCCUCAGCCCGCGGCCCAGCUGCACCGCACCACCAACUUUUUCAUCGACAACAUCCUGAGGCCGGACUUCGGCUGCAAAAAGGAGCAGCCGCCGCCACAGCUCCUGGUGGCGGCGGCAGCCGGAGGAGGCGCAGGAGGAGGCCGGGUAGAGCGUGACAGAGGCCAGACCGGCGCAGGUAGAGAUCCUGUCCACCCGCUGGGCACCAGGGCGCCAGGCGCCGCCUCGCUCCUGUGCGCCCCGGACGCGAACUGUGGCCCACCCGACGGCUCCCCGCCAGCCGGCGGCGGCGGCGGCGCGGGAGCGUCCAAGGCUGGGAAUCCGGCAGCGGCGGCGGCAGCGGCGGCGGCGGCAGCGGCCGUGGCAGCGGCGGCGGCAGCGGCAGCAGCAGCGGCCAAACCUUCGGACAGCGGCGGUGGCAGUGGAGGCGGCGUAGGGAGCCCAGGUGCGCAGGGUGCUAAGUACCCAGACCACAGCAACCCCGCCAUCCUGCUAAUGGGCUCAGCCAACGGCGGGCCCGUAGUCAAAACUGACUCGCAGCAGCCCCUCGUAUGGCCCGCCUGGGUCUACUGCACGCGCUACUCGGAUCGUCCUUCCUCCGGUCCGCGAACGAGGAAGCUGAAGAAGAAGAAGAAUGAGAAGGAGGACAAGAGGCCGAGGACGGCGUUCACGGCCGAGCAGCUGCAGAGACUCAAGGCGGAGUUCCAGGCGAACCGCUACAUCACCGAGCAGCGGCGGCAGACCCUGGCCCAGGAACUCAGCCUCAACGAGUCCCAGAUCAAGAUCUGGUUCCAGAACAAGCGCGCCAAGAUCAAGAAAGCCACGGGCAUCAAGAACGGCCUGGCGCUGCACCUCAUGGCGCAGGGACUGUACAACCACUCUACCACCACGGUCCAGGACAAAGACGAGAGCGAGUAGCCGCCGCCGGCUGGGGCCGCGCGGUCGGGCCGCCGCGCCCGCGCCCCCUCCUGGCCCCGCCACCUCCGCCUGGCCGGCCCCGCGCCGGGGGAGAAAUAAUCAGCGCAAAGGAGGAAGGGAGCAACAGAGAAAAAGAGAGAGAAAGAGGUCCCAAGGAUAGAGAGUCAUGCUGGGACGAGACAUUUUUCAAAAGAGAGAAAGACUCGGACAGGUGCUAUCGAAAAAUAAGAUCAGUUCUCUCUUCACAGUAUAAGGGACGAAACUGCGAACUCCUUAAAGCUCUAUCUAGCCAAACUGCUUACGACCUUGUAUAUAUUUAAUUUCAGGUAAGGAAAAGAAAUAUGUGUAGCGAUCUCUAUUUGCUGGACUUUUUAUUAAUCUCCUUUAUUAUUAUUGUUAUAAUUAUUAUAAUUAUUAUAAUUAUUUUAUCCCCCGCCUCCGCCUCGCUGCCCCCGGCCCAGUUUCGUUUUCUUUUGAAUGUUUAUCGCUUCUCCGGUGCCUCCUGCCCCGCAUCGCCGGCCCUCGUUUCUCUGGGACUUUUCUUUGUGUGCGUGAGAGUGUGUUUCCUCGCGUGUCUGCCCGUCCCCUAUCCCCCACUUCCCGACCCCUUCUGUCGGUUUGUCUGUCCUCCCCUCCCCCUUUCGUUUUCCGGAGACUUGUUGAGAAAUACGACCCCACAGACUGCGAGACUGAACCGCCGCUACAAGCCAAAGAUUUUAUUAUGUUCAGAAACCUGUAGUCUGAAAUAAAGUGUACACUGUGCUCA